ACAACCUCAGAAGCAUCACAGAGGAAAACAUAACAACGAUGGGGAGUAAAGUGGGGUUUCAGAAGAGAGGUAGCGUAAGCACGAAGUCACGCAAAGAAAUCGACGAACACGAGAUCGAGCUUCAACCAGAGUCUCUAGCGACAAGUAUUGCUGAUGGAACAGUGCAAAAUGUUGUCAAAGACACAGUCGAGCCAGUUAAAAUCAAUAAAUCGACCAGGAAAAAAGGAGAGAAACGCAAGCACCAGAAUGAUCAAGUUAGUGAGGAAAUGUUGAAACUCCGAGCUGCUCUACAAGGAAAGUUAAGAAGCAAUGGAGUUUUUGGUUCUACUGUUUCCAAGUCUGAUAAAGCUCAAAAACGCCAGAAACGUAGAAAGAUUGAGCUCAAAGUUUUGGCUGGGGAUGGUGUGAAGUCAGAGGAAGAUGGUAGGAAUGAAACUGAGGUAUUUGAAUCAGAAGAUGAGUUUUACAAACAAGUGAAGCAGAAAAAAGAAGCUAAACGAGCUGCCAAAGCAGAGAUCUAUUCAAGGGAACCAUCAUCCAACUUGUUAUUAUUACCAGAAAGUGUGCAAGGAAAACGUUUGAUUUCAAAAGAGAUUUUGAGUAACAGAGGAUUGACUCGACAUCGCAACAAGGACAAAAAGAACCCCAGAAAGAACUACAGGGACAAGUACACUGACAAAGUCAAGAGACGUGGAGGUCAAGUCAGAGAAAUCAGGAAACCUUCUGGUCCAUAUGGAGGAGAAGCCUUAGGUAUCAAUUCCAACAUAAGCCACAGCAUCCGAAUCAAGUAUUAGCCUCUUCUCCCUGUGCCAUCUUGUUCCUCUUCUUUGAAUCUUUUAUUGGAUACUCUACUUUGCGUUUCACUCUGAUUCAUUGCUUGUAAAAUUCGUUUACCUU